AAAUUCAACAAAUGCCACCAGCAAGACAACAGAUUGACAAAGCAACUCUAGACGCUUUUAUUCGGGAGAAACGACCAGAAGGUGGAACUUAUAAUAUAUGGCAUCAUCGUUAUAGUGGACAAGAAAGGGAUUGGUCAAAGAAAGGUGCAAAGGCCAAGUUUCGUUGUGAUCCACUGAAAGAUUCUGGUACCACUGCAGGAUCACGAAAUCCCAAUGCUUAUUUCUGUAUCUAUUUUGCCAAAGGUAUGUGUGCUCAAGGUGCUAGUUGUUCCAUGUGGCAUCGUGUACCAACUGUCGAUGAUGAAGUAGAAACAACUGUGGAUUGUUUUGGACGUGAUAAAUUCAGUGAUUUUCGACAAGAUAUGGGUGGUGUGGGUGCUUUCUCAACUACGAACAAAACUCUUUAUAUAGGUCGAAUCACCAAUGUGACUGAAGAAGCAGUAAGGAAACAUUUUGAACCUUGGGGUAAGAUUGCAAGGAUUCACGUUUUACGACAUCGUGGGGUGGCUUUUGUUGAUUAUGUAUCAAGAGCAAGUGCAGAAUUUGCAAAAGAAGCAAUGAUGAGCCAAAGUAUGGAUGCCAAUGAAACUAUCAAUGUUAGAUGGGCAACGGAAACUCAAUUACAAAAAGAUCGUAUUUUCCAAGACUAUGUCGACGAUGAUCCUCGUUUACAAGCCUUAGAACGUAAAUCGGAAACAGAAGUACCUGAAUAUUAUGGAGAAGAACAACAGCAGUUUGAGUCCGAACUCCCUGUGGAAUUUGCAACCAAGAAACGUACUGCAGAAGAAACUGGAUUGGAUGACAUCAAACGGCAAAAGCGAUUGAAUGAAGAAGAUGAGAAUGACGCUACAGAGGUUAAUACAUACGAAUAUACACCAGAACAAUUACAAUAUUAUCAAGAUUAUUAUUAUCACCAACAACAACCAACAGCAACAAUGACAAAUACUAAUUCUACGCAAUCAUCCAAUACAAACAAUGGCAUCAUUCCUCAAAAUAUUCUUCAAUCACUAAAACAAAUUUCAGGGAAUAAAUCUUUAUCAUCCUCAAACAAAACAACAAUAACAACAUCAAAAUCAACAGUAUCUAAAAAUGGACUUGGUGGAUUGGCAGAUUAUGGUAGUGAUAGUGAUAGUGAAUAGAUGAUAUUCCCCGCCUUUCAAUACUUUUUUUUUGGAUCAAUAAAAACCUUU